CUGUCAAGCAGCCCACCAUUUUUACAUCUUAGGAUAGCAUUACAAAAUGCCCUCCUAAAAAACUCUGGCACUUUGCUGAGGUUCCUGGAAUUUACAGUGGCUGUCUGUAAGCUACCAGAAGGCUCUUAUAAUCUGUUCGAUCCUCACGUGAGAAAUAAAAAGGGGUUUUCAAAAGGAAAUGGUUCUGCAGUGAUUACGUCCCUUCCUACACUCGAUUCAUUAGUAAACCACGUUUGAACCUUUGUCAGACAAAACGGUUUGGAGACUGCUAUUAGAAUUCAGUGAACAGUUUGUCUAUGGCUGAUCGCUUCUUUGAGUUGCUACCUGUUGUUUUAUCCAACUAAAAUUAUGGCCAACUGCAGAAUAGUAGCUGCCAGUCAAGGAUGAUCAAUGGAGCAUCAUCUGAACAAGACUGCCACAAGUUUUAAAAAGAAAACAGUUCACCACACAUACAUUCCAUAAUUUAAGUGCGAAGCAUAGACAUUAUCCAAUUUCUUUGUUGAGUGGAAUAUUAUACUUCAUCAAAAUGCAGGUAGUGAUAUUUUUUAUCCCACUCUGCAUGUGGGGAGAGGAUCCAGCAAACAUGCAGGAAAAGGCUACAUAUGCUCAGUACUGGUCAACCAGCAGACCAAAAGGUGCGUUCUAAUUCAAGUAAAUAAGUAAACUUUCUUUGGAAGUGUUAUAUCCAACAAUUAUCCCAGGAGAAUCCUGUUCAGUUAACUUGUGUUCUAAAAAUGAGCCAUUACCCUUUGUUUUGUGAAUGAAACACAUGUGCCAACAAAUAAUAUUCUCUUACUUUCAGUCCAUCAAGUGUGACAACAAAGAAGCAGGAGUAGCACCAAAAAAUCUCCUCGGUAAAUUCAAUAUGACUCUCACAAAUGAAGACUUAAACAGACUACAGGAAGGGGAAGAGCUAAAUAAUCAGGUGACUGUUUGAAGCUUGAUUAGCUAACUUACUUCAACAGAACAUCAUAGUUAAAAAAUAUCAUUAAUACAGAAACCAACUCUCAAAUGGCAAACAAUGUCUUCUAUUUUAUUUUUGUUUUUAAUUAACUCUUAAUCAAUUAAUUUUUAUCUUGAUCAUUCCUUUCACACUAUCAAUUUUUACCUAGAAAUAAUCAAUCAGAGAUCAAAGGUUAGUCAGUUUUAAAACUAAUCAACAGUUUCAGUUGUACAACCUCACCAAACAUCAAGUAAUUAACUAGUGAUAUGUGUUUGUGCAUAAUAAAUGCAGAAGUGGGGAUGAGAGCCUCAGUCUGUAUCUAAUGUGCAGGGUGAAAAAUUGGAUUGUCAUACCAUUAAUGUAGACCUUUUUGCAAAAACAUUUAUGUACACAACUACGUUUAUAACAUCUGAAGAGAAUAAUUUUGUCUCUUACUAGACAUCAAAUAUGCUCAAAGUCCUCUCUAUGAACACAUUCUUCUACAAAAAGUUGUCUGGAUGUGGAGCAAAGUGGGUUGCCAGUUGGACCAAAAAGGUAAUUAUCACAGAACGAUUUAUGGUAAUGUGACCACUAUGUAACCUUGCAUACUGUAAUUGACCAGACUGAUAAAGGCUGGGUGACUCAGUUGAAAUAUUUCAGAAUAAAUUCAUUAUGUUUCCAGUCAAAUCCUUUUGAAUUAUGUAAUCUAAAUGGAAUGUGAAACAAAUUCUUUUCCUUCAAGUACAACCUGUACAUGUUAGGUUCUCCAAGGAGACUGGAACCCACAAGUGCUAUACAUGCCUUUAUCAGUCUGGUCAAUUAUAAGGCUAAAUUGGAAACAUCAAAUAAAAAUAAUAUUAAUGGUGUCUUACUAUAUUUCCCAUAGAUCAAUGUAUUUGAAUAUGACAAGAUUUUUACUCCAGUUCAUCUACCUGGCCCCAGUUGUUUGAAGAUUAGAUAACACUAUCCACUGGAUAAAUCUCUAUCAUGUGGAUUACCCUAUGUUUUUUAUCACUUAUCUGCUGGAUAGCAAUUUAUCUGUUGCAUAGCGUUAUCCGCCCUUUAUACAACUGGGCUUUGGUCUCUGGGCACUUGGGGUAUGUACACAGUCAAGUCGGAUCAAUAUCAGUAUCUGGGCAACUGCCCACCUAUCCCUCCCCUAACUCAACAACAGUCAAUUGAUAACAAGUUAGGGUUAAUUUUGGGUUAGGGGAGGGGUAGGUGGGCAGUUGCCCAGAUACUGAUAUUGAUCCGUCAGGUCUAUAUGUCUAAAAAACAUGCAUUUAUCAGAAUAAAGUGUCCACUGUAGUUAUCUCAUUAACAUCAUUAUAAAUGUACUAUUGGUAGGUUGUGGAUUUCAGCUCAAAGGUUAUAUCCUACUGGGAUUUUAUGAAGUCAUCUGCUGCUUAUUCCUUCCACAAGAAUGUCAGGUUAUUUUGACUUCCUUCCUUCCCAUAACAUGUGAUUUUGUGCCAAUAUUUCAGAGUGAUGAUCUAGAUUUUUUCUUUCGUUACUAGUGCAAAAAUGAGGACUUUUUCAUCUGAUUUCCAGAUACUCAUUUAACAUUGACUUCGACUU